AUGCAGCACGCCGAGCCGGAGUACCGAUUCAUGGAUGAUGGCCUCAGUUUGGCCAUCUCAUGUCCUACAACCAGCUUCUCUUCGGCUUCAUCUACUUCAUCUUCACCGUAUGAGGUCUUUACACCCACUUCUCGUCGUUCCACGCCUAACAAUCUCAGACUGGACUUUGACGGCUACCAGUCAUAUGGAGGCCACGGGGACCUCACACCGCCUUCGGUGCAGAUGCAUAAGUACAUGUUUGGUCCCGUGAAAGCGGAGCACGACCGAAUGUCUUUCUCUUCCACUGAAGGCACUCUUCCCCCCUCGACACCACUUAGCAGGAAAAUGAGCGACGGCAUGCCCUACGAUCACAUCCUCGACAUGAACAACAUGACCACACACUCACUGGGUUCCAUCACGCCUUCGGGCUCUCUACCGGUUUACCAUGGUGCAUCUCUACAGCACUCCCCCUACAGCAUUUCUCCAGCACACAGCAUCUCUCCCUCCGAGAUGGGAGACAAUGCGUCUUCGUGGUGCAACAACAACAGCCCCAUCUUUUCCUUGGGACAAAAGGUGCACUCUCCACAAGAUGUCGAGGCUUUGGAGCUCGGGUACUCCCACCACUCGCCGAUGAGACAGCAGUACUACCUUCACAGACUCCAGGUGACUCCCAACAGGCUGUCGGCCCAGAGGGAGGCCAUGGUCCGUGAGGCGCGGCUUAAGACGACAGAGCUUCACAGCCAGAUGAAGGUCCCGCGAAGGGUGCCCGAGAAGCACGACAGCUCAUACGACGUGGUACGCAAGGCCAUGUGCAAGUGUGACUACCCCAACUGCCAGAAGGCCUUCAGAAGGAACGAGCACCUGAAGCGUCACAAGCAAACGUUUCAUGGCGAAGGUCCCAACCGAUUCUCCUGCGAGUUCUGCGGCAAGGACCAGUUCAACCGUCAAGACAACCUCAACAACCACCGCAAACUACAUGCUCGCCCCAACAGCCGCAACCGCGGGGUGGAAUUCAUCCCAGCUGCGGUGCCUGUCAUUGAGCAAGAGGAGCGAAGCCGCAAGAGGCGAGCGCCUCCCAAGUCAAGACUGACGGCAGCGGGAGGGCCAGCGCCUGAGAAGCGGACAGACAGCUACUGA